CCCCCAAGUUAUACCAGCCAUGUGGCUGACUCGAGUCAGCUCCCAAACGUCCAAAGUGCGGCAUGUCUCGCCGAUGUCGCUUACGUGAUGGCAUGUGUUUGACUGGUAUGCACUGACCGGCACGGCACCUGAUGACCGCGACGCGUCUCGUUCGCGUCAGCCAACCCCAGCCGUUCCUAGCUCGCCUUUUCCUAUGGCGACUCGUCAGAAGUCUUUCUUUGACCAGAGCACGAAGCCAAAGCAAUUUAGAGGCCAAUGGCACCGCCCAGGCAAUCUCCCCCGCCACCAUAGCCACCCUGCACCUCCCGCGCGACACAUCGUGACCGGCCCGCCCAUAAUGCCUUCAACACAAACACGCUCGAAGCUCAAGGCUUUCCAAUUCAUCGAGGGCGCGCCUUCCGUCCGGACUGCGAGGGAACGUGAGGCUGAAAAAGAGAACCUACCUGCACUUGAAAAGGCAUCCAAGGCAAAAGAGACACCGAAGACGUCCAAGACCGUAAAGGAAGCUGGAAAGCCUUUCGAAACGCCCAACCCGCCAACGACAAAAACCUGCCCACCUCCCUCGACGCCAAAUAUGCGGCUACCACUCGCGGAUCUGGUCGGGAACAUCGACGAUUCAUCCAGACACGCCGUUGAAGAUGUCGUCUCCCCGGAAGAGCAAUUAUCUUGGCGAGGAUCCCAACCAGUCAACACACCUCUACCUCGGAAGACCAACAAACGCGCGCGGAGUUCGUCACCAGUAGGGCCGUCGCAGGAUGAUCUCAGGCUGGACUCAGCGAAGCGAGAGCUCACAACGCCCCAGGCAGACCCGGCCAUGGAACUAUGGUCCCGAUACACAAGUAACAAGGGAACGCCAAGCGCGAUCAAAAGCGUCGCCUUCGCACACCUCAUCAACGAGGCAUCACCUCGGUCUACUGUUGCUGCUGGCAGUGUCAAUGGGCUGAGGCGUUGGGCGAGUUGUGGUACCGAGUUUCCUGCUUCGACCAGGAAAAGGAGGAGAACCCACGCCGUAUUUCAAGGCGACAAGGAAGCCAGCGAGGACGUGUUCGCGGCUGCGCCAAGCUCAGACGGCGAUGCCUACGGGCAACCAACGAAGCCAAAUCUCGCCAGCAUGGUCCAACGAAUGAGGGAAUGCGUAAAAUCUAAACCGUCGCCAAUACCAUCAAGUUCCACACCAUUACCUGAAACAACAGAUCCCCAUCAACCCUCGUCCGGCUCCCCUCUGCAACGGCGCGCACGCGAGCAGGACGACGAAAUUUCGGAGACCCUACAGGUUGAGAUUGAGGAUUUGGAGGAGCAAGAACUUUUGGUCGAGGAGGAAGACUUUGUGGAAAUUGAGGAACAACGCGGGUCGUCAGAUGAAUUUGGCGACGACGACUUCGAUACAGACAUGGUUGAGGCUCUCGACACGUCGCCAAGUGAGGUUGAACCAUCUGCACACCCCAAAACUCAUUCCACGAUACCGACAGAGCCUAUAUACCCGCCUCCGCAACAUCCACCUCACGAGACGCCUCUGAACGAUCUGGAAAGUGAAGACGAGUUUGGUUUGGACGACGAGGAUGAUGCAGACUUGACGCAUGUGGCAUCAUUGUUUGAUGAUAGACCUAUCGAUUCUCCUUUCGAGAACCAGGCACAGGCUGGGACUGAUGCUGCUGCGAGUAAUGCGGCACCACCGCCGGUUAUAAGUUUGGUGGAUGAUGACUCUGAUGAUUUCGGUGACGACAUAGGCGACGAUGAAUUUGCUGCAGCAGAAGUAGCAGCGACACAGACACCAACAACAACUUCAACAGGAUAUCAGAGCCAUUCAACGUUAUCUCGUUAAGCGGGUGGACGAAGGGUCUUACACCACGGAUCGUGGUUAUCAGUUUCCUGAGAAAAUUUUGCUACUUGAAGAAGAGAAGACGAAGCUCUUCAAAGCCAUCACUU